GACCAGAACGCCGUGGAUCUCUGCUCCUUCAGGAACACCACUGGCGUCCUUCUGCUCCAAUUCUCCUUACAGGAUUUCUGCACGCUCGUUGGAGACGACGUCGGCAGGCUGUUCUAUCAGGAUUUUCGGGCUCAGAUUAAGAAGAGGCGAGCUAACUAUAUGGAGAGUCCUCAAAACGCUAUACCUCUCACUACGGGAUGUAUUUCCACCUCCGACCGCGAUAACUACUCUUCUUGGACGUACAGGGCCGACGAAUCCGGGCUCUAG